AUGAGAUCCGACGAUCGAGAGAACCCCGGAUUGAGAGCUAGCGAGAUCCUCUGUGGUCAAAGCUUCCGGGAUAGCAUCAAUGACGUCCCAGCUGGCUAUCAAUACUAUUACGAUGCCGUUAUUGACGGGCUCCUUCCCGCUUCUAUCUCUGUGGUGAGUGCUGCUGAGAUUCGUGGUUCUUCUUCGCAAGCCUUCGUAAAUGGUCCAGAUCUCCCAGUCACCCGAGUCAAAGACGAUUGGCGAUAA